UGAAAAUCCGACAUUGACGGCAAUGGCCCGUGAGGACUCCGGGGCGGCGGAUCCAACCAACUUCUCCACGCUGGACACGGCGAUCUGCAUGUCGUACCUCGUGUCGGUGCUAGUCGUCGGGGGCAUUGCAACCUACGUGUCUCGGAAGAAGACAACUCUGGACGAGUACUACCUUGGCGGUCGAACCCUGCCAUGGUGGAUGCUCGGGAUCGCAGACGUGUCGAGCUACAUCGACAUUGCGGGGACCAUGAUCAACACGGGGCUCAUCUAUGCGCUGGGAGUGCGUGGCAUGUUUAUCGAGGUCCGCGGCGGCCUCUGCCUCUUCCUCGCGUUCCAGCUCGCGUUCACGGGCAAACUCGCGCGUCGAUGUCCCGUUCGAACGAAGGGCGAAUGGAUCAAAUUUCGAUUCGGCGCCAAGGUGGGAGGUCGGCUCGCCCGGACAGCAGUUGCGAUCGUGUCGUUGAUCGGCGGUAUCUUCAGUGUGGCGUACUUUAGCAUCGGCGGCGGCAAGUUUGUGACCGAGUUCGUCGCUGUGCCUGCAUACGCAGGCCUUCCGCCCGACUUUUGGGCGUCGGGUAUCCUCAUGGCGAUCGCACUCAUGUACACGAUCGUGGCCGGAUUCACGUCGAUGGUCCUCACGGACAUUUACCAGUCGUUGUUCAUUUACCCAUCGUUCGUUGCCGUGUCGAUUUGGGGCAUGCAAGUAACGCUUCCCGCCGAGUUCCACGUAUUCCUCCCGACGUUCAACACGAGCUCGUUCCUGAACGUGACGACGACGCAUGAUGCGUGGACUGCCGCCGCCCUGUCGUCUCCGAACGUGCCGGCAGAAAGUCCGUUCGCCAUGUACAACUCGUUCCGUGGCAUCGUGUUCCUGUACCUUACGCUGCAGUGCCUUCGAUCGGCAUCUGGACCUGGUGGUGGAGGAUUGCAAACGGUGCUUGCAACCAAGUCCGAACUCGACGUGCGCAAGCAGAGCAUGCUAGCGAUGCUCCUGCUGCUCUUCCGAUGGGCGUUUGGAGCCGCCAUCGCAGUCUUGGCAAUUCACUACACCAUUGCUCAUCCCAACGUGACCCUCGACGCGGAAAAGGUUGUGCCGUUUGUGCUGGCCAACGUGUUGCCUUCAGGCUACCGUGGGUUCGUUGUGGCGUCGCUGCUGGCUGCCGCUCUGACCACGUUUGAUUCGACCAUUCACAGCGCUUCGUCGUACUGGACGAUCGAUAUUUACCACGCCAUCCUGCACCCGAGAGCGACGGCGGCGCAGUUGGUCUUUCAAGCGAGGUUGUCCACAGUCGUGAUCCUGUUGCUUGGAUGGCUGCUGUCCCUUGGCAUAGUGACCAUCAACCGCAUUUGGGGGUUCAUGACGAUUGCCAUGUGCGGGGGUGUUGUGUACCCGUUUUUCCUAUCGUGGUACUGGGCGCGCUUCAACGGCGCCGGGUGCGCUGCCGGCCUCGUCACGGGCAUUGUGGCUGCGGCCACUAUCUUUUUCGCCUGGCCUCAUGUGGGCGAGUCCGACGUGUUCUUGUGGUCGUCUACGGCAUCGGGUUUUGUGUCGAUCGUGACUGCCUACCUCUCUCCGGCGACGACUCCUCAAACUCUCAACACGUUCUACAAAUUCGUGCGGCCACCUGGUCUAUGGCGAGAGGUAUUCCAGGUCUUCGCCGCCAUGCAUCUGCGGUGGUUUCUCAUCGUUUUGUCAACAAGAGGCAGCGAACUCCAACGUCGACGUGGUUGUAGGUGUCGUGCACAUGCUUUCGAACUGACGAACUGGCGGCGAUCUCGGCCGAGAACUGGAAGGACCUCGGCUGCUCUGGAAUGCUGCUCGUCGUGCAAAUCGCGACAUACGUCUUGGCAGUGAGUGUCGUGCUCAAGGUGUGGCAUCAAGCAGCAGUUCUCGCCGUUAUCUUGGGGGCGGUCCUCCCAGUUAUCUACUUCAAAUGGUACCUACCCGUCGACGGCCUGGCUCAAGUCAUCUCGUACGAGCCACUGCUCCUCGAUCAAGACAAGGACGCAUGGGGGUAACCAGUGGCGCAUGCACGAAGGCCUCGAACACACGACACGUCAUUGUUGAUGUGGAUGGCUGCGCGGACUCUGCACUUUGUGCCACGAGCAGGGCUUAGACAAUCUGCAUUCAGCCGUCGGUGAAACAAGUAGCAUGUCGUCGAAAUUUCGCACGUAAGUCAUCACGCACUCCCAUCCA